AUGAAUAGUUCAUUUUCAGAUGAAUUAGGCUGUAUCACAGAUGCAACUGAUGAGGAACAAAAUGACUUACCUUAUGAUGGAGAUGUAGGAAUAACCUGUAAAUACAAUAAUAAUUCAGAUAAUUUGAAUGACUGUACUUGUACAAAAGAUACUUCUGGUAUUUUAAACUUAGCCUGUUCUGAAGUUAACAAAAACAUAAAAGCAACAGCAAAUUAUGAAACUCAUUCACAGCCUGAAGAAUUCUCCAGUCACCACAGAGACGCCAUAGGAACAACAGGAAUUUCAGCUGAAACGCCUGGAAGUGAAGCUUCCUUUAAGAAAGAAUUACCUGUUAGUAGUUUUAGUAAAUCAGAUAGCAAAGAACAUCUAACUCACUCAAAAAUGUCCAAUGUCCUUUUGCGUCAUUUCUCUCAGGGAGAGUUAACAAGCACAUGCCAGUUAAUUGAAUGUGAGACAAUACCAGAGACAUCCUUUACUGAAAGUAUCGAUGACACCGUGAACAAACCCAAGCGUUCAGAACAUGACAAAGGCCCUUUAGCACAUGAACAGCGGGCAACUAACUUUGAAGAAUAUCACUUAGAAAAGCACAAGGAAAUAAACACUGAGCUCAAAUAUGGCCAAGGUCAAGCUCACUAUUGCCUUCCUGACUCCUCCGAAGUUGCUUCAGAAGUUAAAGUACCAAAAAGAAGUGACAAUAUUAACUCAGUUCCUACAACUGAAAGAGCAAAAUCCUUCCCUGUUUUGCUAAGUAAAUCAGUAAUUGUGAAUAACAUUCUAGAAAAUAAGAACUAUUUCAAUUCUGCUGAAGUAGAGAAUCAAGAAGAAAUGAGAAUUCCAGAACUGUUGCAACAGCCAGAGAUACUUCGUCAGUCAGAUUUUCCAAAUGCCAGCAUUGCCAUUUACUCAGGAGACACUGGGACAUCCUCUGAAGUCUUUACAUUACAUGCUUCUAUCCCCACACAAUCUAGAUGUGGUUUGUCUAAAGCAAGAUUACAGUGUGGAACAACAGCAUCAGCAUUACCAGCAGCUGGUACAGUAGAAGCACACUGUCUAAAUCCUUCUGAUUUACUGCCACAACUAACACUAGGAGAAAAGAUGUCUCAAGUACUAAAGGAUCAGACAGAUCAACUGAUAAAGAAAGUGGAAGACUUCACUAAGCGUAUGACCCAAGAGACAUUCCUUUUACAAGACAACCAUCUGGCAUUAAAUCAAUUGAAAAGACACCUCAAGGCCUUGGAAAGGAAUUACUUAACAGCUAGAGAAGAGCACCGUAAUUUAGAGCUGCAGAACUACAAGGACAAGUCUAUCAACAUCGGAAAGUUUGAUCCUGAAAGAAAGGUGGAAGGGGAAAUAUUUAGACUUGGCAUGCUGCUUGAAGACAUCCAAGAACAAACUGAUGAUAGCAAGUGCAACUCAUCUUCUUUGCUUACUUCCUGUGAAUCUGCCCAUUCAUCAUACUCUCUUUGUGAGAUAAUUGAUACAGGCAGCGAUUCAGAAGACAUCUCAGCCUAUGAUUCUUAUAAUGAUUCACAAAGCGAGGCACUUGUGAACUGUGAGACUGAAAAUUACAAAACAUUCAAUACAAGAUUAUGUGGAGAGAAAAAAGGCAAAACUUUGAGGCUGCCAAAACCUGCUAUUCAAGCACACAUGAUAAAAUUACCCUUUCACAUCAAUACUUACCCAGCAAGAAGUCUGCCCGAAGCAGAUCUGCAAUCGACAUCAGAAACAGAAAUGCCAGUGAUUCCAAUGCAAAUUAUAAACAAGGCUAUAUUUUAUUCCCAACAGAUUUUAAGUUCUACUCUGGAUCAUGCCAUACAGAUAGCAAACAGUUUGAAGAAAGCUACAGAACGAAUGGUGCGAGCAGUUUCAGAAGAUCUAGCUAAAGUUAAAAGAAAACAGCUUUAA